ACGUGACUCCAAAGGAAGCAGCGCUCGCCAUGUUCACAAACUCAUGAUGGCGAAAGGAGUGUACUGACGUGAGUUAGGAUUUUGUUGAGUUUUGACAGAACGUCAUGUUGUGCAGUUAUGCGAUCGACGAUGGAUAUUUCAGAAGAACUUGUGUACAUUGUGUCUAGUGCUGGAUAAUAUUUCUAGUGGAUUAUACGAAGAGGAGCGGCCUGUUUGUUCGUCUGAAUAGCACUCGUGCAAGCUUCCAUUCAUUGUCAGGGUAGAAGAUAUCCUACUCUAAAUCUUCAAUUUCAGACGAAAAGUCAGUGGAAUAAUUAUCAUCGUCCGGAAUUUGUGUCACUGCACAGAAGCUCACCAUGGAUGGAAAUAUAAGUGUUGAGAAAGACUGCAGUGCCCUCGGCGGUCUGUUCCAGGCGGUUAUCAACGAUAUGAGGGGUAGUUCGCCGGUGUGGGAGGAUUUUACUUACAAGGCAACGAAAAUGCAUUCUUCUCUAAAAUCAACUCUCAUAGCGAUCAGCGCCUUCCUGGACGCUUUUCAGAAAGUGGCAGAUAUGGCCACCAGCUCUCGAGGAGCCACAAAGGAGAUUGGAUCAGCUCUCACACGACUCUGCAUGAGGCACCGGAGUAUAGAAAGCAAACUCAAGUCAUUCACAGGAUGCAUGCUGGACACCCUGGUCGCCCCAAUUCAGGACAAGCUGGAAGAGUGGAAGAAGGUCGUGGCUCAGCUCGACAAGGAUCACGCUAAGGAAUAUAAGAAAGCCAGACAAGAAAUAAAGAAGGCAGCUUCAGAUACAGUCAGGUUACAGAAGAAAGUUAAGAAAGGCAAGGGGGACAUGCAGAGCAGACUGGACAACGCCAUGCAGGAUGUCAACGACAAGUACCUUCUCCUUGAGGAGUCUGAGAAGAGCUGUGUGCGGACAGCUCUCAUUGAGGAGAGGACAAGAUACUGUGUCUUCGUCAGUGCUCUCAAACCAUUUGUUGACAAUGAAAUCGGCCUUCUUACGGAGGUCACACACCUCCAGGAGAUCAUCGACAGUCUGUGUGCUCAGAGUUCCGACCCCACUACACUCCCACCGUCCAGUGAGCAGGUCAUCAUGGACUUGAAGGGGGUCGACCACAGCGUCUGGAACUUUCAGGUAAAGCAGACGCCACCAAGUUCACCGAGCUCCCUAGGAUCACGCAAGUCAAGCAUGUGCAGCAUCAGCAGCAUCAACAGCUCCUCCAGCGGCUCCACGCAGUCGCACUCCCCCAGCCACCACAACGUGCGCAACCGCACUACUUCGCAGCAACCGACCGUGGGAACUCAACGCUUAAUGAGCGUGUCAUCACAGGACUCCGGCUUCACGUCCCAGGAUACGCUGUUCUUGCGGCCCACCACUCCCCAAUCCCUUAAUCUGCCACAGAACUCGGACAAGGACAGUACCAGUACUGGUACCCCUGACGUUGACUCCACCCCGACUACACCCUCAGAACACUACCCCGCUACCCCGUCUGCAAGCUCCACAUGGAAUAAUUGGCCCAACGCACCCAACAGUGCACAGAAGGGAGACGACUUCCGCCCACACACGAUAUCGUCCGCCUACGAAAAGUCGCAUCACAAUCGCCCUGCUCUGAAAGCGGAACUGUUCCAACCUCCAGCACCAGAGAUGUUGGAGAAGCUGAAGGAGACGGAGGCCCGUGGAGCACAGGGUGGGGCUAAACAUGGACGUCCACACAGUACUGCGACGGCAUCGCCAUACUCACGACCAUCUGCCACCAUCAACAAGAUGCAGCCAGUCCUACCACCGCUUGGACCAAAACCGAAACCCAAAGCUGUGCCACCUCCUAUGGUGCCUCAUAUAGUUUCCCAGGCUCCGAUCUAUGCCAACGCUGCUGAGAUUGCGCAGAUGGCUGCUGAUAAGAAGAAGGACAUAGAGCCGGUGAUCGUCCACUCCCCCGACAGCGACACGUCGUCCUCACCUCCAACACCAUCAAAUAACGCUGUUGCACAGCCGUCCCUGACUCAGUCUGAUAUGUUGGACCUUCAGGAGGCUAUCAAGUCACUUGAUAGUUGCACCGCAGCCUUAAAUAUUGAAUAUGAUAGCGACGAGGACGAUGUGCAUAAGCAACAAAUGCAGCAGAAUUCCCUGGAGUUAGCGGAGGCGAUCCGGGAAUUGGAGGCCAGUACCGCGGCACUGGAGUGUACGUACGACACCCAGAGCCACACCAGCCACACGUCCUUACAGUGUUCUAGUGGCUAUGGCACAAUGAACAGUACGCCAUCAGGAUCUGAGGACACCAUUGCCUCAGGAGAUUUUCAGAUAGCUCCUACUGGCGUCGUGGAAACUGAUCAUGAGAAAUAUUACACGAUUCCGCGCAGUCGGGACGUGUAUACUGCCUAUCGUAGUGUAUUGCAACCCAAACGCCCUGCGUCAACAGCAGGCAUCCCAACCCCUAUUGCCAACAACAGUCUUUCACGCCGCACAUCUGCCAACAAUGCCAGACCCCCUCCCCCAGUGAGGAGGACAGCAUCUGUAACUGGCACAUCCUCAGCAGCCCAAAAGGUCCGUGCUUCACCCCCAAGGGAGAUGUCUGGGCCUUCUCAGGGCCCGGUUACGCAGCAUAAGCGGACACCGAGCGGGGAUAAGCAAUCGGAGGGUCCGUAUGCUGAACUGCAACUGAUUCAGCAGAGUAUACACGAUACCAAGUUAAGACAGCAACAGCAACGACAAGGUCAUCCACAAGGACACUCAACUGGACACCCGCAAGGUCAUGGUCAUCCACAAGGACAUGGUCCAGGUCAUCCGCCAGGAUAUUCCCAAGGUCAUGGCCCAAGGCACCCGCAAGGACAUCCUCAAGGUCAUGGCCCAGGGCACCUGCAAGGACAUCCUCAAGGUCAUGGCCCAGGGCACCUGCAAGGACAUCCUCAAGGUCAUGGCCCAGGGCACCCUCAAGGUCAUGGUCCAGGGCACCCUCAAGGUCAUGCUCAAGGGCACCCUCAAGGUCAUGCUCAAGGGCAUCCUCAAGGUCAUGCUCCAGGGCACCCUCAAGGUCAUGCUCAAGGGCAUCCUCAAGGUCAUGCUCCAGGGCACCCUCAAGGUCAUGGCCCAGGGCAUCCACAAGGACAUCCUGCAUCACCCCACAACCACCAUCAACAGAGACGUAUCCCACAGCAUCACCGCCCGCAGCAGCCGCCGCCGCACCAACAGCACAGUGGAGGGUCAGGAUCGCCGAGCAGAGCAGCGCCAGGAAGUAGUCCCCACUAUGCAGAGCCUCAUGCAAUAUCAGAGCAAACACAAGGACAUGCCAAUGUUAUACAAAGCCUGACACGCAAGUUUUCCGAGUCGGUGGCAGAAGCCCCGACCCCACACGAUGACUUUCCGCUCCCUCCCACUGAGGCGGAGUUGCAGGAAAUGGAGCAGAUCUACAGUAAAGUUCCUCCCCGUGGAGCUCCUCAAGACUCACUUGUGUUAGAACUCAAACGAAGAGUUGCUGAUAGUUCAGAAGUUUAAUACAUUGUGGCUUCUUAAGAUUGUUUUGCUGGAACCAUUGCAGUUUGUUACUUUGAUAAGUAAUGUACGUGUGUUUUAUGUCAGAUGUCUCUUUGGAAUGUACAUUUGGGCUCGCGCAACGUUCUCAAGGUUUGCAGGCAGUAGUUGGGUGCAAUGAAGCAUGAUUGGCUGUGGCUGUGUGACAAUGCUUUGCGUCUUAUGAAACAAGAUGUAUUCAAAACUGUCAAGAUUGAUGAUAUGUUGCAUGGAAAUUUGACUUAGUUUCGAAAUGUAAGUGUUGGCGUACAUGGUACAAGAAAAUGUGUUGGCAUAAAAGAAGUAGAAGUAGAAAUGUUACCAUGGUAACUAAUUGCAGUGGAGCUGGCACUAUUUUCCCAAGUACUAUUUCCACCAGCUGGUGAGCUCUUGUCUAGCAGCAGAUGUAUGCAGUCUUUCAAUGGAUCUAGUGUUCCCUGGGUGUCAGAUGGAAGUAUAGCCAUUGCAGAGAUGGCCAUUUUCCAUGAUUCUGCAGGUGUCAGUGGAAUUAGGCCGAUUUUGUUGAUCUUGAGCAAUACAGCUCUCACGAUGGCAAAGUUACCCGUGGAGAAGAUAUUGCAGGUCCUGUGAUCAGUGUCUUUGCUAUACAGAUGAUUCUAACAAGUGUUAGAUGUAGCGAUGGAAGCACUGUGACCUGCUGCCUUGAAAAUGCUCUUGUGAUAUUCAAGGGGAAUAAUUCUGGGAUGCUGAAGAUGUUUUAGUGCAGUUAUUUUAAGUUUGGGUUUCAGACGCCUUUUUAACGAUUUUUACAAUACUGCUUUUGUACAAUGCUCUUACUGAUGAGUCACCUGUAGUUGAUUUGUUUGUUAACUUACUUUUUAUUUAAUCAGAUCUUUGUCCAGGUCAUGUUAUGUUUUAGAAGCAUUUUUAACGAAGACCUAUAUGCACAGUAGUGAAUCAUGCAAUCUUAUUCAGGUUAAGUUGACAAUUCUCUUUCCACGAUUUGUUUGCUACAUCUGGACUAGUUUUUAUUUUGUUUACUGAAUUGGAGUUAAUUGCAAUAAUGAUGUCAAUUGAGAUUUCUCCACCACCCUCUCCAUCUGAAUGAUUCCGCAUCUGCAUCUGUAUCAGAGGUACAGUAGUUAUUUCAUGUUAUUUUCAAAGGUGCUUUAAACGCAAUAUGUAGUCACAUGAUCUCAAUGUAUCUCCAAUAGUAGGAAUCUUCUCACAUGGACCCAAGAACUGCUGUUUGAACUUUGCUUCAAAUUGCAUGUGCAUGAAAAGCAGACUUCCGUUUCUGAAGGAAGUAGUUUGAUCUCAACAUACUGGCAAAAUUACAUUUGUAACUUUCUCAAACUGUUUUCUCAAGAUUGGAGGAAUUCGACUACUUUGAAAAAUGCCAAUUUAUCAUCAUGUGUAUUGUAUAAGUCUGUGUAUGAAGCAGGCAAGAUAUUACUUAGCUGCUGUAUUCUAGCUUGCCCGAUUCCUUCAGCUAAACUGCAAUUCUUGUCUCUAUGAUCUGUAAUAUGACAUAAUAAAAAUAGUAUAUCAAACACUAUUACUCGUCUGCUCCGACUACAUUUAUAUACAUCGAUCAUGUGAAGUGAUGAAUAAUAUGCAAUAAUUACUUCUAAUAAUACCAGCAAUUAUGCAAGUUUCAAGUCUGCGUGUUGAUUUCCGUUUUGGAAUUUGCUUUUCCCAAAAUGUAUGAGAUGUUAAAAAUAGCACAGGCUGCAUAAACCAAAUGAAUGAGUUUUUUUAGAGUUUUUCAUAAAUCGUAUAUAUGUAUAUGUACGUUAUGACAGCUAAAUCUGUACCUUGUCAUCACAAAUUUAACAAUAAGGGAGAUCAAUUUUCUCCCGAACAUAUUUUGAAGGCAAAGAAUGUAUUUAUGCAGCUUGGGUGAGCUAUUUUUACCAUGUCGGUCCUAGUUUGAGAUUUUGUCAAAUGAUACAUUCUUCAUGUUUCCUGUUUUCAUUUUGUGGUGUAUUUUGUGCAGUUUGUUGUCAGUAAAUAGUGCUGUGUUUGAGUCAAAAUGUUUUCAUGCAGUCUUAUGUUCAACUACAAGGAUUUUUUUGUUUAAAUUAAAUCUGUUUCCUACACUUCAGUUAUUUGUUAUUUUAGGGCAUUAAUUACCAUGUUUAAUGGCUCUUUAGGCCCCCACUAAAAAUGUGUUUCUUAUUUCAAUCCAUCCAAAAGAGGGUAGGUUAAGAUUUUCUUUCAAUUUUUUAUCUGUAAGAAACAGUGAUUUGCAGUAUACCAGUGGAAGUCAGGGUCCACUAGCACAAACAAUCUUAGCACUACGAUGAUCGUAACUCCCGUACUUUAACAUCGUCUUACGACAGCUGUAGAGCUAGGAUCACUUAGUGUAAGUAGACCUGGUUUCAAGUGAAUCUAAUGACUGUUUACCUAUAGUGAAACACAACAAAAUCUACGCAAGUGGCAUAAAAUUUGGACAAUACUGGGAUGGUGACAAAAGCUAUGGUGAACUGAAAAAAAGUUUAUAGUUGGGGCUCCAGUCAAGGGUUGGUUGGAAAUGGAAACACAAUUAUUUGGGAGGCCUUAAAUGAUGUACUAAAGAGAAAUUCAAUGAACCAAAUGUAUGAAAAUAAUCACAGAAAACCAUUUUGGUCUGUUACAUUAUUGUUCCUACCGAUCAUAUCAUGUGUAUUCCAUCAAUAACUAAAUGGGGAAGGAAAUUUGAUAAUCAGUUCAACAUUUUAAUCAGAAAUUAAAGUUGAAUAAUCACAUGCUGUUCCUUGUACGACUGUUAAUGUUAGUUUGCUUGAUCAGUUCUUACUCACAUCCCAUUAGGAAGCAUGGCACUCUUAUGAGACGUUUCAGUUUCAUUCAGACAUGCAGAAGGAUCCAAACACCUCAAUGACAAUAGGGCGCUGGAUGCACUCCUUAAUGUAAGCAAGACAUUUUAUUAUUUUGCUGCAUUUGUUUGUUUGAUGUAUGUUCUGUAUAUCUUACAGUUCGUCCUGAUUUGCCAUUUAGCAAUGAUACACAAUGUUGCACCAUAAAUAUCAGGGUUAUGAUAAUUAAGAUUAAUCAUUAAGCUUAUGAAUGAGCCAAUUGCAGCUUGGGAUAACCAACUAGUUCUCUCCAAUAAAUCUAUUACAGUGUCGAUGAUGCAGGGAUAGGAAUUAGCGCUUGCCUUAACCAGUUUCACUAAUGUUAAAUGUAUCCCAAGGGCAAUUAGAAAUUCAAACAUUUGGGGGGGCUAUUGCUAUGUAUUAUUACUAUUCAUGAUAGUAGACUUUCUUGAUGAUGGUGUCUUAUGACACUACCACCUUACAACUAAUUACAAAUGUAUAUACCUAAUUUAAAUGGAUCAAUCUUGCCAUAUUACCAGUUACACUAUAGGACAAAUCCUGGCUUUACUUCAGUGUUUUGUGUUGUCAGGACCAAGGAGAGAUUUAAUUCCAAUAAGCUAUGAAAAUGCCAACGCCAUUCUACCUUAACCAGCUAUGACAUGUAUUGUACCAUAUGACCGAGAAUUUUGAUUUUAUCAUAUUUAUGAACUUCUGGGGGAUAGUUUCCCCCCAAUUUAACACUUACAUCCAUGAUAAUGGGUUAUUUUUUUGUAAAUACUUAUGUCUCUUACCCUGUUGUAAAUAUGUGUAUUUAAUCAAUGUUGUUCAUGUGGCCACUUUUGAUGAUGGCAAUGCUUGGAUUCCGUAGAAGUAAUGGAUGCAUCUGCACUAUCACUGAACGGGAAAAUAUUAAGCUCCAAUGUUGUAGAAUUUGGAAACUGAAUGUGAAAUUAUUGAGGUGGAGUAAUAUUUUGCUAUUAUACGGAGUUUAAUUAUUUGUUCAGUGACACUGCAGAUGACUUCUUCCAAGUUUUGGGCUAGUUUUCACUACCAUACGCUUUGUACAAAUUGCAGUCUGCCCUGCUGUUAAAUGCAUGAUGUAGAGCUCAGGCUAGAAGCUGUAGCGAGCUAUGUGAGCUCCAUACAGGGUGCUGCUCAACUCCACACACAGCCGAUCAUUCACUUUGGUUGAAAGGGUUCAAAUUGUCAUUAAUGCAUUCCAAACCUUCUGCAUUUAUACAAGUUUUCAAAUAUGCAUUGACUAGUUUGACACAUGGUGUUUACAUAUUGGUAAAAUAAGUCUUUGUUGCCAUAAUUUCCUGAAUUUGUAUGGAAUUUCUUUUGGUUUCGACCUAAUUUCUUAAUUAAUGGCACUCUCACAGUGCCUGUAACCAAGUAACAGACUGCUGUAACAGGCUACCAUAAAUACAGGCUUCCAUAAAUACAGGCUUUUUGUUUGAUCUUUACCUUCACAUGCAAUAAGAUCUCAAUGAAAUAUUCUCAACACAGAUCUAAUCAAGAUGAAAAAUCGUUGGUUCUCACAAAGUUAGAUAUAUGCUUGGAAAGUAAUUGUCGGCUGCCUUUUAUUUGCAGUAAAACAUUACCUUGUAUGCAAAUUUUCGUUUUUUCGUCAAGUAGCAAAAUAAAAUGCUUCAAUACAAUUUUAUUGAGGUAUUGAAGCAUCAACGUCGGAGAACCAGCUUUUUUUUAAGCAUCAAGUUUGAAGUUUGUUUUUGAGAGCAUCAAGUUUGAAGCUUGUUUGCAUGAGCACCAAGUUUGAAGCUAGUUUUGGUGAGCCUCAAGUUUCAAGCAAAUGUUUGUAAGGAUCACAUUUGAAGCUGGUUUGUGUAAGCAUCACAUUUGAAGCUAGUUUGUGUAAGCAUCACAUUUGAAGCUAGUUUGUGUAAGCAUCACAUUUGAAGCUAGUUUGUGUGAGCAUCACAUUUGAAGCUAGUUUGUGUGAGCAUCACAUUUGAAGCUAGUUUGUGUAAGCAUCACAUUUGAAGCUAGUUUGUGUAAGCAUCACAUUUGAAGCUAGUUUGUGUGAGCAUCACAUUUGAAGCUAGUUUGUGUAAGCAUCACAUUUUAAGCUAGUUUGUGUAAGCAUCAUGUUUGAAGCUAGUUUGUGACAAUGCUCCCUGCUCAGCCGGUGUGGUGGUGUUGAGUGCUGCCCAGUGUGUGCAUGUACUAUGUUGGUACCUGCAAGUGCUGCGCUAACCUUGAGGUUCAGGCACUCACAUGUUGUACAAGUUUUAACAUCAUAAUAAAAAUCUGAUGAGUGCUACUAUG